AUCAAACCGUACUUCUUGCAAGAAGAGGUUAUUUUCGUAAAUAUGUCCGACGAGGGUUUAUGAAGGGCUUUAACAAAUGUGGAUGAAAGAACACAACCCUCUUCGUUUUAAGCACCACCAAUGGCGGUUUCGUGUUGUGCAGUGUAAAAUCCCAAUUUCUCACCUAAAUCUUAUCCAAUCUAGCUAGGGCAUGAACCAACCUUCAAUUUUCAAAGCCCCAUUCCUUCAUUCAUCCCAUUGACGAAGCCAAUGUUGAAGCUCAUUGCAUCCUCGCGCAUCCACCGCCUGCACCCCACGGUGCUCCGUCCCGCACACGAUUCUGCUUCGCCGUUGCUCAAAGUGCUCAGUUCUCUCGGCGGGUUAAGCCGUAGAAACACUGACGUUGGAGGCAGCAUUCAAAAAUCAAAGCACUUACUAUUGUUGCAACCAACGACCUUGCAUCACUGUUCAUAUAGUGGUAAUUCCUCUCUCGUAUCUUCACACUCUCUGCCCACAGAGACAGAAUCACUACUCAACUUUUGUCACCAACGAGACCUUCCCAGAGCCAUGCAUGUGUUGGAUGCCAUGGAAAGACGCAGAGUUUGGGCCGACGCUAUCGCCUAUUCUGAGCUCAUCAAGUGUUGCCUGGCUCACGGUGCUGUCAAGGAAGGCAAACGUGUUCACCGCCACAUAUUCUCAAAUGGGUACCACCCCAAAACGUUUUUGAUCAACACUCUCAUCAAUAUGUAUGUCAAAUUCAACCUCUUGGAAGAAGCACAUGUGUUGUUCGAUAAAAUGCCUGAACGAAAUGUUGUAUCGUGGACAACUAUGAUAUCCGCUUACUCUAAUGCCAAGCUCAAUGACAGGGCCGUGAGGCUCUUGGUUUUUAUGUUUAGGGAUGGUGUCAUGCCUAACAUGUUUACUUUCUCUUCUGUUUUGAGAGCGUGUGAGAGGUUGUCUGAUCUCAAACAACUGCAUUCUUGUAUAAUGAAAGUGGGGUUGGAGUCUGAUGUAUUUGUUCGGAGUGCGCUCAUUGAUGUUUACUCAAAAUUGGGGGAGCUGCUGGAAGCUUCGAGUGUUUUCUGUGAGAUGGUCACUGGAGAUUCUGUUGUUUGGAACUCCAUUAUUGCUGCGUUUGCUCAACACAGUGAUGGUGAUGAGGCUUUACAUCUUUACAAGAGCAUGAGCAGAGCAGGUUUUCGGUCAGAUCAGUCAACACUUACUAGUAUUUUGAGAGCGUGUACUAGUUUGUCGUUGUUGGAGUUAGGGAGGCAGGUCCAUGUUCUUGUUCUAAAGUUUGACCAAGAUCUUAUCCUCAACAAUGCCCUUUUAGAUAUGUAUUGUAAGUGUGGUAGUUUGGAGGAUGCAAAGCUCAUUUUCAAUCGGAUGACCAAGAAAGAUGUAAUUUCUUGGAGCACCAUGAUUGCUGGGUUGGCCCAAAAUGGUUUCAGUAUGGAAGCACUCAAUUUAUUUGAGUCCAUGAAAGUGAAGGGUCCAAAACCAAACCAUAUUACAUUUAUUGGGAUUCUGUUUGCGUGUAGUCACGCAGGGCUAGUAAGUGAAGGUUGGAUCUAUUUUCGAUCUAUGAAGAACUUGUAUGGGGUAGAUCCUGAAAGAGAACACUAUGGGUGCAUGCUUGAUCUUCUUGGAAGAGCUGGGAUGCUUGAUGACAUGGUUAAGUUAAUUCACGAAAUGAAUUGUGAGCCAGAUGUUGUUACGUGGAGGACUUUGCUUGAUGCAUGCAGGGCACGUCAGAAUGUGGAUUUAGCAACGUAUGCUGCUAAAAAGAUUCUAAAGUUGGAUCCACAUGACACAGGAGCUUAUGUGUUAUUAUCUAAUAUUUAUGCAACUUCAAAAAGGUGGAAUGAGGUUGCAGAAGUUCGGAAGGCUAUGAAAAUAAGGGGCAUAAGGAAAGAACCUGGGUGUAGCUGGAUUGAAGUCAAUAAGCAAAUACAUGCUUUUAUUUUGGGAGAUAAAUCACAUCCUCAAAUAGAUGAGAUCAAUAGACAGUUGAACCUGUUUAUUUGUAGGCUAACUGGUGCUGGUUAUGUACCUGACACAAAUUUUGUACUACAAGAUCUUGAAGGGGAACAAAGAGAAGACUCUCUUAGAUACCACAGUGAGAAACUAGCAAUUGUUUUUGGUAUCAUGAGCUGUCCUAAAGAGAAAACUAUUAGAAUAUGGAAGAACCUAAAGAUUUGUGGAGAUUGUCAUAAGUUUGCAAAACUUAUAGCAAAGUUAGAGCAACGACAUAUUGUAAUUAGAGAUCCUAUUCGAUACCAUCAUUUUAGAGAUGGGGUAUGCUCCUGUGGCGACUAUUGGUAGCAGAUGAGAAGCACAUAAGACGAGAAAAAAUCUAGGACAACUUUUAAGCUCAAAGCAGCAUACUUCACUCUACAACCAGCUGAUAUGUAUACGAGGAUAAAGUGUGCAGCAGUAGCAUUGCUGUUAGUUAACGUCAGUCUGGUUGAAAAUUGAUCACAAUGCUGAGCAGAUGAGGCAAUAAGGAGCAUGUUGAACCGACCACAUUUUACAACAGAUUCUCUAGUUGGGAAUUGCUCAAUCUACUGAGCAGUAAAAUUUUAGCUUUAGACAAACUAUUUCGAGCAAUAUGAGAACAUUGAUGUUACUCUGGGCGCAAAAGAUUCUUGAUGAAGACCAUUAUGGAUUAACUGAUGUGAAGGAAUGGAUACUGGAAUUCAUAGCUGUAUGGAAAUUAAGGGGAGCUUCACAAGGGAAAAUUAACUGUCUUUCUGGUCCACCUGGAGUGGUCAAUUGCACGUGCCUUGAACCGGAACUUCUUGUGGGAGGAUUAGCUUGACGUGGCUGAAAUCAAGGGUCAUCGUGGAACCUGUAUUUCACAGGAUCUUCUGAAUUCUCUCAAUCAAUCCUUUACUUCUCGGACUGUAAAACCAGCCGCAAUUGUUCUUCACCUAAAAUCGUACCCGACCUCAACGUUAACCGUAUCUAAGUUGCAGAGAUUUGCGAUCAGUUGUUGGGGAGGAUCCUUUUGCACCCCAGAUCUUAAUUUUAUAGAAAAUUUUGAAUUGAGGGAGAUGAAUAAAGUGAAAUACCUGCGAAGCUGAGAGCAACGAUGGCAAGAACAGAGACUCUCGAAAUCCAUGACAGUGGCAGAAAACCCUAACUAAGCCUCAAGAUUAUAGAGAAUGUAUCGUCUAUAGCAUCCACUUUGAAAUUGAAUGCUUCAAAGAGAGGGAAGAGUCUUGAUGCGUAAACAACCGUGCCUUCUCCGCGGCCUCCGCUGGGCGAUGACAGUGACCGUUGACCACAAUGUGGACAAAACAAAAUCGAACCAUCUCGAAGUGGUGGGCCGAACCUAUAGACCCAAAACAAAUGCUGGAAGCGUAUUUACUAUUAGAACCCCCAAGUUACUUUACAACACCUCAAAGAAAUUGACAAAAAUAACCCUGCUUUCUGCACUCUCAUAACUUUACACAAGAAAAUUAAGUACACUCAAGUAGAACUAAAAUACCAAUUAUCAAACUAAAACACACCAAGUAGUGUUUAAAAUUGGUCUAGAGUUACUAAUUGUAUAUUUUAGAUAAAAAUACUCAUUUUAUGACACUAAGCUUAAAUUAUAAACAUAUUGGGGGCAAUUGUAACAAUAUCAUAUAUAACAAUUUCAUUCCAAUUCAUUACA